UACCCACAGAUCAAACAAAACAAAUAUUCAUCUUUAUUUGACUAUACAUUCUCACUAAUCUCUUUUGAGAUGAACCAAGACAUGUUCAUAAAUAUUCUUUCUCAUUCUCCUGUUUCGGUGCUCGAAAAAUUCAGACACCUAAACAAAGAAUGUAACCAGAGAACCUACACUUCUUCGUUUCUCAAACUCAAUCUCCAAAGAACCAAUUCCAUUUCCGGUUACUUCCUCCAGUACUCCGAGAGACUAACUCUACACUCCACUUUUGUCGAAGCUCUCGGAAACAGGGCUUGUGGGACUGACGUCUCGCUCGAUUUUCUACCGCCGGGAAAAGUAAAGAUUGAAGCUUGUGACUCAAGUCAUGGGAUCUUGCUUUGUGUUAAUGAUCGUCCGGUUAGAGGAAGACAACCGGAGUACAUCAUCUGCAAACCAACAACAAAACAGUACCUGAUCUUACCGAAACCAAAAACCCGGUAUUUCACGGUCGCACUCGGUUUAAUGGUUAUUGGAUCUAACCCUUUCCGGUAUAAGAUCAUCAGGCUCUCAGACUUACCUUACGUGGAGAAUAGGAGGUACAACAUCAACACCACUUUCGUCUGUGAAGUUUUUGAUUCGGUUUCAUUUGCAUGGAAACGACUAAAGAAUUUUGAACUACUGGAAAAUGACUUAUUGAGUCCAUGGAACUCUAAACCGAUAGCUUCUUACGGGUUUUUGCAUUGGUUAACAACCCGCAACAAUGUGAUCCGGUUUUGUUUCAAAACCGAAACUUGGUCAUAUUCUCCGGUUCCUGAGAAUCUAGCAAGCGCUAACUCUCUAAAUUUGACAAGCUACGAAGGUAAGCUCGGGAUUAUUUGUUCGAGAUCCAAGGAAGGAGUGGAUUGUGAGGAUUUAUGGGUUUUGAAGAGCACUUUUGGGACUUCUUGGGUGAAUGUGAAAGAGAUUGAAAAUAAAGGGCUCAAAUCCGUUGGGUUCUUAAGCAACGACGUCGUAACGCUGGCUGACAUCUCGAAAUUUGUUAAUUCAAUUCAUCGGAACUUGUUGAUGGACACCAUUGAUGGAUUCGCCGAUUCUUAUGACAUCAGCAGCACUACUUUCUUCGCCGCCGCACCUGCUCCUACCGAUAACACCGAGUCUUCUAUUGUUUUUCCGGCGGCAGCCGAACAACUUCUCACCGGACCUGAUGUAUCUGCUCUGCAAUUGCUCUCCAACAGCUUCGAAUCCGUGUUUGACAAGCCGGAAGAGUUCUACAGCGACGCUAAGCUUGUUCUCUCCGACGGCCGGGAAGUAUCUUUCCACCGCUGCGUUUUGUCAGCGAGAAGCUCCUUCUUCAAGAACGCUUUAGCCGCCGUUAAGAAGGAGAAAGACUCCAACGCCGCCGUGAAGCUCGAGCUGAAGGAGAUUGCGAAGGAUUACGAAGUCGGUUUCGAUUCCGUUGUGACUGUUUUGGCUUAUGUCUACAGCAGCAGAGUGAGGCCGCCGCCUAAAGGAGUUUCCGAAUGCGCAGACGAGAAUUGCUGCCACGUGGCUUGCCGGCCGGCGGUGGAUUUCAUGUUGGAGGUUCUCUAUUUGGCCUUCAUCUUCAAGAUCCCGGAAUUAGUUACUCUGUAUCAGAGGCCUUUAUUGGACGUUGUAGACAAAGUUGUUAUAGAGGACACAUUGGUUAUACUCAAGCUUGCUAAUAUAUGUGGUAAAGCUUGUAAGAAGCUAUUGGAUAGAUGCAAAGAGAUUAUUGUCAUGUCUAAUGUAGAUAGAGUCAGUAUUGAGAAGUCAUUGUCACCAGAGCUUUUCAAAGAGAUAACUGAUAACCGUAAAGAGCUUGGUUUGGAGGUACCUAUACUAGACAAACAUGUCUCUAAUAUACAUAAGGCACUUGACUCGGAUGAUGUCGAGUUAGUGAAGCAUUUUUUGACAGAAGGCCACACCAAUCUAGAUGAUGCGUGUGCUCUUCAUUUCGCUGUUGCAUAUUGCGAUGUGAAAACCGCAACAGAUCUCCUAAAACUGGAUCUUGCCGAUGUCAACCAUAGAAAUCCGAGGGGAUACACGGUGCUUCAUGUCGCUGCGAUGCGGAAGGAGCCACAAUUGAUACUAUCUCUAUUGGAAAAAGGUGCAAGUGCAUCAGAGAAAACGUUGGAAGGUAGAACUGCUCUCUUGAUCGCAAAACGAGUCACUAUGGCGGUCGAAUAUAAUAAUGUUCCGGCGCGAUUCAAGCAUUCUCUCAAAGGCCGACUAUGUGUAGAAAUACUAGAGCAAGGAGACAAACGAGAACCAAUUCCUAGAGAUGUUCCUCCCUCUUUUACAGUGGCUGCCGAUGAAUUGAAGAUGAGGCUGCUCGAUCUUGAGAAUAGAGUUGCACUAGCUCAACGUUUGUUUCCAACGGAAGCACAAGUUGCAAUGGAGAUCGCCCAAAUGAAGGGAACAUGUGAGUUCAUAGUGACUAGCCUAGAGCCUGACCGUCUCACUGGUACAAAGAGAACAUCACCGGACGUAAAGAUAGCACCUUUCAAAAUCCUAGAAGAGCAUCAAAGUAGAUUAAGAGCGCUUUCUAAAACCGUGGAACUCGGGAAACGCUUUUUCCCGCGCUGUUCAGCAGUGCUCGAUCAGAUUAUGGACUGUGAGGACUUGACUCAACUGGCUUGCGGAGAAGAAGACACUCCUGAGAAACGACUACAAAAGAAGCAAAGGUACAUGGAAAUACAAGAGAUAUUAACAAAGGCCUUUACUGAGGACAAUUUGGAACUUGGAAAAUCGUCCCUCAAAGAUUCAUCUUCUUCCACAUCGAAAUCAACUGGUGGAAAGAGGUCUAACCGUAAACUCUCUCAUCGGCGUCGGUGAGACUCUUGCCUCUUAGUGUACUUUUUGUUGUACCAUAUAAUUCUGUUUUCAUGAUGAUUGUCACUGUUUAUGUCUAUCGUUGGCGUCAUAUAGUUUCGUUCUUCAUUUUGCAUCCUGUGUAUUAUCGCUGCAAGUGUGUUUCAAACCAAUGUUGUAACAUUUUGAACCAGCGGUGUACAAAUUUGUAAUAUAUAUUGAUGUACAUC